AUGACUUGUGCCGAUGUUUCUGCACAUUCUGAAUACCAGCUGGACACGAAAACUUUAGGAUUUGAAGAAAUAAGUCAUCACUUAUGUUCUCUUGUCUUACUUUGUAACAGAUCAGCUCCAAGCAAUCAUGACCGGAUACAACGAUUAAGACAAGAAUUUCAACAAGCCAAGCAAGAUGAGGAUGUGGAAGAUAGGAGGCGUACUUACAGCUUUGAACAACCAUGGCCAAAUUCAAAGACCUAUUCACAGAGUGGCAGACAUUCUGUAUCAGUAGAAGUUCAAAUGCAGAAACAACGGCAGGAGGAGAGUUUCCAGCAGGCCCAGAGGCAAUACAGUUCAUUACCCAGACAAAGCCGAAAAAAUGCCAGCUCUGUAUCUCAAGAUUCUUGGGAACAGAACUAUCUUCCUGGUGAAGGUUUCCAAAGUGCCAAAGACAACCCUCGGUACUCCAGUUACCAAGGCUCUAGGAACGGCUAUCUGGGGGGCCACGGCUUCAAUGCUCGAGUCUUGCUUGAGACACAGGAGCUCCUCCGUCAGGAACACCGGCGGAGAGAACAGCAGCUGAAAAAAAAGACUUCUUCUGAAGGGCCCAACAACUAUGAGUCCCAUAAGAAAGCUCAGGACCCUAAUUAUGCCACUCCCAAAGGUCCUUUCAGGCAUGAUGUACCACCUUCACCAUCUCAGGUUGCCAGGCUGAACCGGUUGCAAACACCAGAAAAGGGGAAACCUUUUUAUUCCUUAGUCGAAGAAAAAGGUCAACGACCCAUGCAAUAAAGGAAUUUUUUUUUCAUAUGGAGAGACUUAUAUUAUGGAACUCCAUGUUUCAAAUGGAGUGGGACUCUUUAUUUUGUUUUUCAGUGCCUUUAACAAGAUGGACAAUGAAUUGGAAGGCCUUAUAUAUACAUUUUUUUUGCCAUUAUGUUUCAAGUGUUAUAUUCACAAAAAGAUUAUCCAUUAUUUGACAAUCAUAUUUGAGGCAAGCAAUGAGUCUUGGCUAUCAAGUACCCUAGCCAAUCUUUAUGAUCAAUAACUGCUCACCAAGUUACACCAUUAGUGUUGUUCAAAGAGAUACUGUUCUGGCAUAUAGCAUUGAUUGUUUUCUAAUUUAAAAUUCCAUUGCCAUAUUUUCUUUGUUUAUUUCCCUUAGCUUGAGGAAAACAAGUACCUAUCAGUUAUAAGCAAUGAGCCAGAAAUCUAUUCUACUCUAGUCCUUGUUCUUUCCUUUCUGAUCAUUAUUUAAAUGUCUGUUCACUAAAAUACUGUUUUUCUGUGACUUCAUUGGUCAUUUCCGAACUGUGCACAAACUUUAUACUCAUUCUUCAUUCAUUUAUCUCAGAGACCUUGUUGCAUUUGUCUCAUACCUUAACAUUAUAUUCCUUAUAUUAUUAUGAGACAUUGUAUUUAUAAUUUACAUCAGCUAACGGUGAGGAGGGAAAGUGUGUUUCUCUGUGGAAUGGUGAAUUUCUCCAGACUGGUUUAACAAAUGGGGAUUUUUUAAUUAACUGUUCCCAUCAUGUACAAUUUCAGCCCCACCCCCACCCAAAUUAUAGAUAAAUGAUUGCUCAGAUAUUCCAUACUUCCUAAUAAUUUAAUUUCUCAUUAUUAUGUACCAUUAUUUUGUUAGAAGGAAGAAAUGCAGGAGAAAAUAAAAUGAAAAUCUAUUUUUUGAAUUAAAACUAGCUUUUGUAAACCUGUCUUUUUGACAGUUUGUAAAAACCUGUGGACAAUUUGUGCUAUGCUUCCAUGUUGCUAUAUUUUGCCUCUUUGAACAAUAUUUGGAAUCAACCAGUAAAAUAUAAAGUAAGACAGAAAUGUGAGAAAAUUGAUAUACAUCAUCAUGAAAAUACAUCGGUGUUAAAAACAAUUGAAAAAAUAAGAGCUGUGAGGAUAUAUUUUCAGUGCAUUUUGAGUAUACAGAAUUUUUCUUUGCAACAUCUAGUUUUGUGUUUGAGGAUCUGAACAUUCAUAUAUUGUUUUAUAAGUGCCUGAAGUAAAAAAGGCUUGAGAUUAAAAACUAGGCAUAUCAUACUAAAUGAACAAAAAACAUAAACUGUAUGAUUGUUAAUUUGCCUUUUUUAAAAAAAAGGAAGAAACCUGGCCCAUAUUACUUUUGCUAUAAAGAAUACUUUCCUUGUGCUAUUUCAAUAUAUGUGAAUGUUCAGUAUAUUCCAGCAGUGUCUUCUAUACCUGUUUGCUAAUUUUGUUUGUUAAUAUACUCAAGUGUUAAAGAUUUGUUACUAAUGUAAGCACAGUGACAUCUGACAAAAAUGGCUCUUUUUCACAUAGCACUAGGGGAAAUGGUGUAAAUACAGAAAUUUAGAAUAA